AUGGAGAACAUUGACAUGUGUAAUGGUUUAGAGAACAUCUCAUUGACUCGAUUUCUGUGGUCACUUAAUUACCAUUUGCUCCAAAACAUCACGAGAACAAGACUUCUGACCUCAACACCCCGAGUUUUCCAUCAUCACCGCUCCGUCGCAGGCACAAAUCGCAAGAAUCGGUCGAGGCUGUGGCUGGGCUCGUACCGAACCCCGGAGCAGGCGGCGAGGGCCUUCGAUGCCGCUGUCUACUGCUUGCGUGGGACCGGGGCGAGAUGCAACUUCCCCGGCCAGCUUCCCGACAUAACGCCCACCCAUAAGCUGAGCCCGGAGGAGAUACGGGCGGCGGCCAUGCGCUUCGCACGUGAUGUACCGACGCGGCCUGGGGAGGCGCAGGAAGGUGGCAUGGAGACGUCGACGGAGACGGCAGUUCCGAACAAGGGGAACUCGGCGACCGUGACGGGGUUGCUGUCUGCAGAUAAGCCAAUCCCGGCGGAGAAACGGAUCGGGGCCGUGCAGUUAGCCAAUGAGGGUGAGAAGACGGCGGAGGAGGUGGAUCAAGGGGAGGGGAGCUCGGGGACGAUGGUGAAGCCACCGGAGGCUUCCAAGGAAUUGCCAUGGCCGUGGAAUGCGGAGGACGAGGAUACUUGGCCUGCCUUUUCUUAUGAUGAUGACAUUUAUGAAUCAUCACCUCUUUGGAACUUCCGGAGCGCCGAUUAA